CCUUUAGACUAAGGUAGAGAGAGAUACAGCUCAUGAGAUUUUGUACCCGUGUGUCCCACCCGCAUCAGCAUCACGAAUCGAACGGACGAACCCUCUCACAUAAUAACCACUAAAAAAUACAAACACAAAUACAAAAUGGGUUUCUGGCCAUUCUCAAGCGACUCCCGCGCCGACGCCAUUCGAUCCGGCGACGCGAUACCAAACCGUCAAGAGCGCAAGAUCUGCUGGGCCGCCCGCGAUGCCUACUUCAACUGUCUAGACGCCCACAACAUCGUCGACGCCACCAAAGAUCCAUCAGCGACCAAGAAAGCUUGUCCAGUUGAGACGGCGGAUUUCGAGCGGGACUGUGCAGCUGCUUGGGUCAAGUACUUCAAGCAGUGGAGGGUUGCGGAUAUCCAGAAGAAGCGACGCCUGGAUGAGUUGAGAGCACAAGGUGCGCAGGAGAUGACGGUUACGACAAGUUUUGCGCCAGAGGGUGGUGCUGGGGAGAAGGGGAAGGGUGUAGGUGAUAUUCAGGCCAUGUUGGAUAAGAAGAAGUAAAGCAAUUGGGGGAAUAAGAUGAUGGAUGAGACGACGGACACGGAAAAGGCUUCACAAAAGGCCAUUGCUUGUUAUACACA